UGAUGACGGGGUCACAGGUGCUGCUAGUGAGCGUCCUCCUCUCCCCCUUCGUGCUCUUCAGUGCCAACAGCAGAAAUGUUCUUCCAGCUUCUAGCAAUAAUGAAAGCACCCAACCCAUCCGUGUGCUGCGGAGUCUGGAGAGUGUCAUGGAUAAAUACAGGGAGCUGAUCUCCACUUUUAAAACUCAUGGAAAGAUUGAUAAUUCUACAGAGGUGGAGACUACAUUCAUAUAUUCAUGCCUGGAUUUGGACGAGAAGGCGAAGACCAUGGACGUUAUGGUCAAGACGCAGAAGGCUAAAGUCAAAGAAUUGGAAAAGAACUUUUUCGACGUGAAGAAGGAGCUCCGGCAGGAAAUUGUGAAUAACAGACGAAGUGAAGGAAUGUUUUCCCUUCGAAUUUAUGAAAUGCAGCACAAGUUGACUGGCUGGAUAGAUCAAUUAGACGGCAAAACACUCUCUAUCGGGAAAUUAACUCUCCAGGCCUUGCUAAAGUACACUGAGUUCAAAGAUUUAGAGGAAAAGAUUUCCAGAGAGAAGAAUAAAGAAAAGAAAAAUGAUUUAAAAGAACAGCUAACCAAAAAGAAGGAGGAACUUCAGUGGGCUGAACUGAAUCUCCUUGCUGCAGGCAGAUCCUCUAUAUUGGUUAUGCAAAUAAUUACACUGCAGGAGAAGAUUCGUGAGCUGGAGAACGGAGAUGGCAUAGAAGAAGAAAUAGCUGCAAUGAGGCAGGAGCUGAAGAACAAGCUGAAGGAACUGGAGGAGAGUAGUACUGAUGGGAGCUCCACAAUGAUCGCAGAAAUCACUACAUUGCAAAAUGAGAUUUUGCAGAUAUACAUCAGGCUACAGAAAUUCAUACAGGAGUCUAAAGAUACAAUUUCUGAACAAAAAAAACAGUUGGAAGAGAAAAUCAGUCAGCUGAAACAGUUGCGUGAAUCCUCUCAUUCCUCCACAUCUAAACAAAUCAUUAUCAUUGAGAAAGAGAUACGUGAGCUACAGAGCAAAAUAGAAGCUCAACAGACGAUAGUAGAGGACCAGAACAAAGAGCUACAGAAGGUCAUAAAUAACAAAAAUGACCAGUUGAAGGAUAAAGUCACAGAGCUCCAGGAGGUCCACAAUACUGACUAUAAACUCAUUCUGAAGAUCAUCACCCAGCAAUUUCAAAUCAGUGAGAUGCAAGCAACUGAAUGUACUGGACAGACUGAUACAACAACCAUUCUUAUUGACAUCCAGACGCAACUGAAUGCCAAAGAGGAGGAGAUCCUGAAACUUGAAGCCAAGAACAAAAGACUUCAGCAGCAGCUGCAAGACAUGUCUUUCGAGUGCUCAUCGCUGAUGGACAAGGUCAAAAAGCUGGAAGAAUCACUGGAAGAGAAAAUACAAGAGAUAGAGAGUGACCUGAAGCCUCUUCUGGAGCUGGUUGCACUGAAAAUCAAAAUGCAACAGAUCAAAAUGGCCAUCAUUGCAGAGAAAUCUGCCUCCAAUAUCACCGGACUCACACAGCAACUAAAGGAGAAAGAGAGAGAAAUCAAACAGAAGGUUCAAGAGUUAACGGAGGAAGGCUUGGAAGGUUCUGAGGAAGCGGUCAAAAUAAUCACUCUGCUGAUGGAGAUAUGGGAGCUCCAGACCGGCGUUGAGAGCGAGACCACCCUAGACCGCAUUUACAAACUCCAGAAUGAUGUAAAUCGUCUUAUUGUUAGCCUGCAGAGUUCCGCCAAACGCAAGCUAUUGCUGGCAAUCUUGGCAGCGCAGACAGACCAGACCAGGAUCAAAAGACUGAAAAUCAUUAUCAGUCAGAAAUAUGAAGUGGAACUCGCAGCUUUAAACAUCAGACUGGAAAAGGCAGUGCAGGAGCUCAGCUCCAAGACAACAGAGGUGUUAGGCAAGGACAAAACCCUUUCCGAACUUGGAAAUGAGAUGAAAGCUUUGCAGAGUGAAAUCGACAGACUGAAGGAAACAAUUAAUGAACUGAGGAAAACAACUAGUGCCCGGAUUAAAGACCUGGAGGGGCAGCUGAAGAUCAGAGACAGACAGCUGGAGGACAAAACGAAUGAGUUGAAAAUUGCUGAUAAGAAGAGUGGAGAACUUGUUAUCCAAGUAACUGAACUGGUUGAAAAAAUCAAGCAGACGGAGGUUACCACCCAUGAGAAAGACCAGGUGUUGGCUACCAAAAUCUCUAUGCUGGAAGAACGGCUGGAAUUGCAGAUCAAAGAAAACUCUGAUUGCCAAAAGCAGAAUACUGCUCUGCAGCAAGAUCUUGAAAAGUGCUCUAGACUGCAGGAACAAUAUGUUG